GUAGACCGAGCGGAGGUAGAUGGUCAUGACUGACCUAGGCGGAAGACUCGCAGGAAAUAUCAAAUCACUCGCCUGAAAAAUACAUCAACAGUUACUUUCCUGCCUGUGACAGGUUUUGAAAUGGCUUCCAAGUAUUCUUCCAGCACCGAAACAACCAAUUUUGCCAGAUUGUCCCGACUGGUUGUUGACAUCUGUAGUGAUGUUUACAGAGCUGUGCUGAAAGCUAACAUUCCACCACCAGGACUGACAGCCAUUCUACUAAGUCAGAAAGUUCACCUUUGUAAUCAUAAUCAUCUUGAAAAUCGUCAGAAACAGUUACUGUAUCCUGUCGGUGGAGUGUUUACUGGUACCCUGAAGGAUUUGGACUUCUCACUCUUAUUUAGACUGAUUCGCAACCUCCAGGGUAUCAACAUUCCACCUCAUACGAAGGGUUGGGGAAAGACACCAAACAGCACAGAUCGGUCACUGGCUGCUAAUAUUGAACGGUUGAGAGUCCAGCGGAAUGAGGCUUAUGGACACUUACAGACAGCAUCAUUGUCUGAUACAGAAUUUAAGGAUAGAUGGGACAUCAUUCGUCAGAGUAUUUCAGAGAUAGAACAAGGCACUCUGACAGGAGACACGUACGUGACAGCCGUGGACAAUCUGCUUACCACAAGCAUGGACCCCGAUACCGAGAAUGAGUACAUACAGGAACUGCAGAAACACUAUAAGGCAGAUUUGGAGGUCAAAACCAUUGCACUCGAGGUCAAAGAAAACAUCAGUGAUGUCACCGCCCAACAGCAGACCAUAUCAGAAAACAUUGGUGAUGUUACCGCCCGACAGCAGACCAUGGCAGAAAACAUUGGUGAUGUCAUUGCCCGACAGCAGACCAUGGCAGAAAACAUUGGUGAUGUCACCGCCCGACAGCAGACCAUGGCAGAAAAUAUUGGUGAUGUCAUUGCCCGACAGCAGACCAUGGCAGAAAAUAUUGGUGAUGUCACCGCCCGACAGCAGACCAUAGCAGAAAAUAUUGGUGAUGUCAUUGCCCGACAGCAGACCAUGGCAGAAAAUAUUGGUGAUGUCACCGCCCGACAGCAGACCAUAGCAGAAAAUAUUGGUGAUGUCAUUGCCCGACAGCAGACCAUGGCAGAAAACAUUGGUGAUGUCACCGCCCGACAGCAGACCAUAGCAGAAAACAUCAGCGAUGUCACCGCCCGACAGCAGACCAUGGCAGAAAACAUGGAUGACGUCAGAGUUGAACUCACUUCUGUUAGAGACACAUUGAAUACAACAGCAGCAAGCACAAGUCGGACCAAAGAAGUCCAUCCUAACUUAGUACCCCUGAUAGAUACCACCAAGGCAAUGAUCAAUGAAGAAAUAAAAAAAAGAUUCAUCGACACUCAGGCUUUCCGUGAUGGAAAAGAAAAGCUGCAAAAGAACAGGAUUACAGUUCUCCAGGGAAACAUAGGAGACGGGAAAACUUCCACCGCCAUUCGACUCCUUCACUGGCUGAGUCAGGAACAACAUAACAGACAACCACUUCAACUUCACAACAUCAAAGACUUAGAUUUAUUGGCUCCAUCUUCGAAAACUGUUAUUUUUAUUGAUGAUAUUUUUGGGGAGAAAGAUCUGCGUGAGAAAGAGGUACCAGAGUGGAACAAAAGGGUCAACUCUGUAAUUCCGAAACUUUGUGGGGAUGACCCAACUGAAGCUAAUUUUAUCCUCAUCACUGUGAGAAAUGAAAUAUUUAAUUCUUUGAAAACCCAUUCUUUGGCAGAUGUUUUCACUGAUGUCAAUAUUAUUGAUCUGAGUGCUGAUACAUAUAAAGUGACAGAAGAAAAAAACAAACUUUUAGAGCUAUAUAAGCCAAGUAAGUUUUCAUGGGAAAAGGAAGAAAAGGAGGAAAUUGUUAAAUGUGCCCCUAAUAUUGGGUUCCCACAAUGUUGUCGGAUUUUUAGAGAUGUUCCUGAAGUACAGAAAGAGAGAGUCAAAUUCUUUCAAAACCCUUUCCAUUUUUUCAAAUCAGCAUUGUCAAGAUUAGGGGAAUGUCCUGCACUUUUGUUUCUCUUCCUCAAUGAUGGGAUGAUAAAGGUAAAAGAUCUAGACCCAAAUGGUGAUAAAGUAAACAAAACUUUGUUAGAGGAAUCUUUUGAAACUGAUCUGAUUGAUGGUGAAGAUGACAGAACUAUGUUGAAAUAUAAGAAAAAAGUCAGAUUUGUAAAAGACAGCUUAGACAGAUUAUCAGGAUUUUUGGUAGUGAAGGAGAGAGAUUGGUCUUUUGAUUAUGAAGUAUACAGAUUUUAUCAUGAUUCUAUAUAUGUCACAGUAGCUCUCCUGUAUGGAGACACAACACCAGUUGGCUACAUACAGAAUUGUCCCAGGAGGUUCCUCAGUUAUCUCACAACCUCAAAAACAUCGGCAAACAUGAUUGUCAUAUCAUCUGAUCAUUACACAUGUAUGUGUGAUCGUCUACUCCGAGAGUUUGAGUGUAAAGAGAAGUAUUAUGAUACUAGUAUAGGCGCUCUAGAUGUAUGGAAGGAUCCUGUAUUUGUCGAAAGAUUUGUGAGAUUGUUGAAUGAGAGAAAAGCUGAUAAACUUGAUAUGUUAAAUAAAGCAUGUUCUUUUGGUGCUGAAGAAUGUGCUUUACAUCUUAUAUGUGAGGGAGUCAAACCUGACAAUGACACACCAUUCUGUGUGGUGGAGGGAGGGAGUGUGAGUGUGUUACCUAAACUACUACAGUAUGACAUCAUUCCUACAGUGAGAGGUGAGGACAAUGACAAUGUCCUACAUAAGGUGUGUCGGUAUGGGAGAGAAGAGAUGGUGAGUGUGUUGUGUGACACCUAUCCACACUUGGUACAUGACACUAAUAAGAAGGGACAAACACCGCUCCAUGUUUUAGCUGGGAUAAUUUUAAGAAACUGUUCUAUGUUCCAGACAGUGGAGAGAACUGUACUUGAAUCUUUGUGUAGAGUUGAGGACGAACAACACAAGUGUGAGACAGUAGAUGGUCGUGUGGUACAUAGGAGUUGUGUGUGUAGUCAGUAUAUGUCUCAGUUAGUGGAUAAUGACGGACACACAGUGUUACAUGAGAGUUGUAUAUUUGGACACAGGGAGAUUUAUGUUUAUUUAUGUGAGACGUUUCCAGCACUAACCACAGCUGUAGAUAAUAUGGGAUGGACAGUGUUACAUGUGAGUUGUAUGUCAGGACACAGGGAGGUGUGUGUUUAUCUAUGUGAGACAUUUCCAGCACUAACCACAGCUGUAGAUAAUAGAGGACUGACAGUGUUACAUGUGAGUUGUGAAUCAGGACACAGGGAGGUUUGUGUUUAUUUAUGUGAGACAUUUCCAGCACUAACUACAGCUGUAGAUAAUGACGGACUGACAGUGUUACAUGUGAGUUGUAUGUUUGGACACAGGGAGGUUUGUGUUUAUUUAUGUGAGACAUUUCCAGCACUAACCACAGCUGUAGAUAAUAGAGGACUGACAGUGUUACAUGUGAGUUGUAUGUUUGGACACAGGGAGGUGUGUGUUUAUCUAUGUGAGACAUUUCCAGCACUAACCACAGCUGUAGAUAAUAUGGGAUGGACAGUGUUACAUGUGAGUUGUAUGUUUGGACACAGGGAGGUUUGUGUUUAUUUAUGUGAGACAUUUCCAGCACUAACCACAGCUGUAGACAAUAGAGGAUGGACAGUGUUACAUGCGAAUUGUGAAUCAGGACACAGGGAGGUUUGUGUUUAUUUAUGUGAGACAUUUCCAGCACUAACCACAGCUGUAGAUAAUGAUGGACAGACAGUGUUACAUGUGAGUUGUAUACAUGGACACAGGGAGGUUUGUGUUUAUUUAUGCGAGACAUUUCCAGCUUUAACCACAGCUGUAGAUAAUAGAGGAUGGACAGUGUUACAUGUGAGUUGUAUAUUUGGACACAAGGAGGUUUGUGUUUAUUUAUGUGAGACAUUUCCAGCACUAACCACAGCUGUAGAUAAUAGAGGACAGACAGUGUUACAUGCGAGUUGUAUGUUUGGACACAGGGAGGUUUGUGUUUAUUUAUGUGAGACAUUUCCAGCACUAACCACAGCUGUAGAUAAUAGAGGACUGACAGUGUAACAUGUGAGUUGUAUGUCAGGACACAGGGAGGUUUGUGUUUAUUUAUGUGAGACAUUUCCAGCACUAACCACCGCUGUAGAUAAUGACGGACUGACAGUGUUACAUGUGAGUUGUACGUCAGGACACAGGGAGGUUUGUGUUUAUUUAUGUGAGACAUUUCCAGCACUAACUACAGCUGUAGAUAAUGACGGACUGACAGUGUUACAUGUGAGUUGUAUGUCAGGACAAAGGGAGGUUUGUGUUUAUUUAUGUGAGACAUUUCCAGCACUAACCACAGCUGUAGAUAAUAGAGGACUGACAGUGUUAAAUGCGAGUUGUAUGUUAGGACACAGGGAGGUUUGUGUUUAUUUAUGUGAGACAUUUCCAGCACUAACCACAGCUGUAGAUAAUAGAGGACAGACAGUGUUACAUGUGAGUUGUAUGUUAGGACACAGGGAGGUUUGUGUUUAUUUAUGUGAGACAUUUCCAGCACUAACCACAGCUGUAGAUAAUAGAGGAUGGACAGUGUUACAUGCGAGUUGUAUGUCAGGACACAGGGAGGUUUGUGUUUAUUUAUGUGAGACAUUUCCAGCACUAACCACCGCUGUAGAUAAUAGAGGACUGACAGUGUUACAUGUGAGUUGUACGUCAGGACACAGGGAGGUUUGUGUUUAUUUAUGUGAGACAUUUCCAGCACUAACCACAGCUGUAGACAAUAGAGGACAGACAGUGUUACAUGUGAGUUGUAUAUUUGGACACAAGGAGGUUUGUGUUUAUUUAUGUGAGACAUUUCCAGCACUAACCACCGCUGUAGAUAAUGACGGACUGACAGUGUUACAUGUGAGUUGUAUGUCAGGACAAAGGGAGGUUUGUGUUUAUUUAUGUGAGACAUUUCCAGCACUAACCACAGCUGUAGAUAAUAGAGGACUGACAGUGUUACAUGUGAGUUGUAUGUUUGGACACAGGGAGGUGUGUGUUUAUUUAUGUGAGACAUUUCCAGCACUAACCACAGCUGUAGACAAUAGAGGACAGACAGUGUUACAUGUGAGUUGUAUAUUUGGACACAAGGAGGUUUGUGUUUAUUUAUGUGAGACAUUUCCAGCACUAACCACCGCUGUAGAUAAUAGAGGACUGACAGUGUUACAUGUGAGUUGUAUGUCAGGACAAAGGGAGGUUUGUGUUUAUUUAUGUGAGACAUUUCCAGCACUAACCACAGCUGUAGAUAAUAGAGGAUGGACAGUGUUACAUGUGAGUUGUAUGUUUGGACACAGGGAGGUGUGUGUUUAUUUAUGUGAGACAUUUCCAGCACUAACCACAGCUGUAGAUAAUGACGGACAGUGUUACAUGUGAGUUGUAUAGAAGGACACAGGGAGGUUUGUGUUUAUUUAUGUGAGACAUUUCCAGCACUAACCACAGCUGUAGACAAUAGAGGAUGGACAGUGUUACAUGUGAGUUGUAUGUUUGGACACAGGGAGGUUUGUGUUUAUUUAUGUGAGACAUUUCCAGCACUAACCACCGCUGUAGAUAAUGAUGGACAGACAGUGUUACAUGUGAGUUGUAUGUUAGGACACAGGGAGGUGUGUGUUUAUUUAUGCGAGACAUUUCCAGCACUAACCACAGCUGUAGAUAAUAGAGGACUGACAGUGUUACAUGUGAGUUGUGAAUCAGGACACAGGGAGGUGUGUGUUUAUUUAUGUGAGACAUUUCCAGCACUUACCACAGCUGUAGAUAAGUACGGACUGAAAUUUUUACAUGCGAGUUGUAUGUUAGAACACAGGGAGGUUUGUGUUUAUUUAUUUGAGACAUUUCCAGUACUAACCACAGCUGUAGAUAAUGGCGGCCAUCAUUGCCUACAUUGUAUAGCUAGGUAUACAUCAGAUGUAGACAUGUUCACCGAGUGUGAAUCACAUGUAAAACAAUACAUAGAAUCAUCAGGAGGUGAGUAUGACAUCACAACAAUACUGGACAGGGAGGGCAAAUCUGUUUUAGACUACACAAAGGAAAGAACAGAGUGUUGUAAAAACAACCGUUUGUACGAUCAUCUUGUUAAAGUGUUUAGUAAAUAGAAUGUUAUUGAAAAGCAACAAACCAUUCAAAACGACACCACUAUAACAAAUCCCAGGAGAUGUUGAUUUAAUUGUAAAGGAUGAGUUGUGUGUAUUAGUUUUACUGUAAUAGAAAAAAUAAUUUUAUUAUACAUAUGAAAAUGAGAAUCAUUUUUAUUUCGUGUACAUGCAUUUUCGAAUUCAAUACUGUACUUGUUAGACUUUACAGAGGAAGGAAACGAGAAAUUUAAGCCUGAGAGAAAGUACUAUAAGGUCUAGUAUUCCGCUAAAAUAUCCACGAUUAAUAAACAUAAACUAUAUAAAAUUAUGAUCUACAA